AUGGCGUCACAAAAUAUGGCAAACCCUUCUGUCAACCCUGAUAUCGAAGACGAGCUCUUCCAGAAGGAGGUUGAGGCUGUCAAGGCUUGGUGGUCCGACUCAAGAUGGCGACACACAAAGCGCCCUUUCACUGCUGAGCAGAUUGUCUCCAAACGCGGAUAUCUCCCUGUCGAUUAUGCCAGUAAUGCCCAGGCGAAGAAGCUGUGGAAGAUCCUUGAGCACCGUUUCGAGACUCGAGAUGCCAGCUACACCUACGGCUGCUUAGAACCUACAAUGGUCACUCAGAUGGCCAAGUACCUCGACACCGUCUAUGUUUCUGGCUGGCAAUCGUCAUCGACUGCCUCUGCCUCUGAUGAACCUGGUCCCGAUCUGGCUGACUAUCCCUACACCACUGUUCCCAACAAGGUCGGCCAUCUCUUCAUGGCCCAACUUUUCCAUGACCGCAAGCAGCGCCAAGAGCGCCUCAGCGUCCCCAAGGCGCAACGCGCCAACCUCUUGAACAUUGACUAUCUUCGCCCCAUUGUUGCUGACGCUGAUACUGGUCAUGGUGGUCUCACCGCUGUCAUGAAGCUCACCAAGCUCUUCAUUGAGAAGGGUGCAGCUGGAAUUCACAUUGAGGAUCAAGCCCCCGGCACAAAGAAGUGCGGCCACAUGGCAGGCAAGGUUCUUGUCCCCAUUCAGGAGCACAUCAACCGCCUUGUUGCUAUUCGCGCACAGGCUGACAUUAUGGGCUCCGAUCUCCUCGCUAUUGCGCGCACCGACGCCGAGGCCGCAACUCUACUCUCCACCAACAUCGACCCCCGCGACCAUGCCUUCAUCCUCGGCUCUACAAACCCUACUCUCAAGCCCCUCAACGACCUCAUGAUCGCCGCUGAGGGUGCUGGCAAGAGUGGCGUUGAGCUGCAGCGCAUUGAAGAUGAGUGGCUUGCCAAGGCCAACCUCAGCCGCUUCGACGACGCUGUGACUGCUGCCAUUGAUGCAGGCUCUUCUACUGACAAGGCCAGCCUCAAGCGAGACUAUCUUUCCAAAGCAAAAGGCAAGAGUAACCUCGAGGCGAGGGCCAUCGCUCGCCAGGUCCUUGGCCAUGACAUCUUUUUCGACUGGGACGCCCCCCGUACUCGCGAGGGUUACUUCCGUCUCAAGGGUGGUUGCGACUGCGCUGUGAACCGAGCUAUAGCUUAUGCCCCUUAUUGCGACGCUAUUUGGAUGGAGUCUAAGCUGCCCGACUAUGCUCAGGCUAAGGAGUUUGCCGAAGGUGUCCACGCCGUCUGGCCCGAGAAGAAGCUCGCCUAUAACCUUUCUCCAUCAUUCAAUUGGAAAACUGCCAUGCCUCGUGAUGAGCAGGAAACUUACAUCCGCCGUCUGGCUAAGCUUGGCUACUGCUGGCAGUUCAUCACGCUUGCAGGCCUGCACACAACAGCCCUGAUCAGCGACCAGUUCGCCAAGGCAUAUAGCACUGUUGGUAUGCGCGCUUACGGCGAGCUCGUUCAAGAACCUGAAAUGGAGCAAAAAGUCGAUGUUGUUAAGCACCAGAAGUGGAGUGGCGCAACCUACGUUGAUGAAUUGCAAAAGAUGGUUACAGGUGGCAUCAGCUCCACGGCUGCUAUGGGCGCCGGUGUGACUGAGGAUCAGUUCAAAUAA